GCUUGCUAGUUCCCGUGAAUGAUCAUUUUCCAAGUUUCCUGAACACAGUUUACAGUAGGCCUAGCUAGCUAAUAAGCUAUAAUUUCAAGCCUUAGCUACGCAGCUAGCUAGCCCGAUAGCUGUAACCUAGCGCUUACUCUAUUGCAAACAACAGGAUGAAUGAAGUUAUUCGGAAGCGCCUGUUGAUUGACGGCGACGGAGCCGGUGACGAUCGACGUAUCAAUGUGCUACUGAAAAGCUUCACAAAAUGGUGCUCUUCUGGAUCAGCAGAAGACGGGUUCACGCAGUACCAGAGAAUGCUGGGCACCCUGGCACAGUGUGAAUUCUCCAUGGGAAAGACACUGCUGGUGUAUGACAUGAAUCUGAGAGAAAUGGAAAACUAUGAAAAAAUAUACAAUGAUAUUGAGCAAAGUAUCACGUCCGCUCAUGACAAAAUAUCUGAAUGUAAAAAAGAAAUAAUGAGAGCCAAGAGAAUACGGAAGAAUCGACAAGAAUAUGAUGCACUUGCAAAGGUUAUCCAACAACAUCCAGACAGACAUGAAACACUGAAGCAACUGGAAGCUCUUGACAAAGAACUGCAGCAGCUGUCUCGUAUAAAGGAGAAUGUGGAAGACAAACUUGAACUGCGGAAAAAACAGUUUCAUGUGCUACUGAGCACUAUUCAGGAGCUUCAGCAGACGCUUGACAAUGACGAGAAGUGUGAAAUCGACGAGUCCCAGGAAAGUCCAAUGGACAACUGACCGUGAACAUCCACAUGUCUCUACAACCAUACAUCAGGAUAUCUUCAAUUGCUGUUCAGUGUCAUUGUUUUGUUCUUGUGUUCUUAAAAUGUUUUUAUACUGAAGAUUUGAACUUGUUUUUUGCAUUAGCUUAAAAUACAUUUGUGCACAAAUAAAGUAGUCUUUUGCCUCUUCUGUGAUUAA